UGCUUGUCAUUUUCUGCAACAAGAUGGCGGUCGUUCCAGAGAACAGGGUCCUCUCCUUCAGUGUUUUUAAAUGGAGCUCUUAUUCCUCUACAUAUUUACCAGAAAACAUCUUGGUGGACAAACCCAAUGACCAGUCCUCCAGGUGGUCGUCUGAGAGCAACUACCCUCCACAGUACUUAAUGUUGAAAAUGGAAAGGCCAGCAAUCGUUCAAAGCAUCACCUUUGGGAAGUAUGAGAAGACUCACGUGUGCAACCUGAAGAAGUUCAAAGUGUUUGGUGGGAUGAGCGAAGAGAACAUGACAGAACUCCUGUCCAGUGGCCUGAAGAAUGACUACAACAAGGAGACCUUCACCUUGAAACACAAGAUCGACGAACAGAUGUUUCCCUGCAGAUUUGUUAAAAUAGUGCCGCUGAUGUCUUGGGGGCCCAGUUUUAACUUCAGUAUCUGGUACAUUGAGCUGCAUGGCAUAGAGGAACCUGAUGUAGUGCAGCCCUGCCUUAACUGGUACAGCAAGUACCGGGAACAGGAAGCGAUCCGCCUGUGCCUGAAGCACUUCCGGCAGCAUAACUACACAGAGGCCUUUGAGUCGCUGCAGAAGAAGACACGCAUCGCGUUGGAACACCAAAUGCUGACACACCUCCACGACCGUCUGGUACUCCGGGGAGACUUUGAUGCCUGUGAGGAGCUCAUCGACAAAGCCGUCAAAGAUGGUUUAUUUAACCAGUACAUCAGCCAGCAAGAGUACAAGCCAAGAUGGAGUCAGAUCAUCCCCAAGAGUAACAAAGGUACAACCGCCCAAGAGCCAAGCCCAGAUGACAUGAACAGUGAGACAAACUACUCAAGUAAUGAGGAUGACAACAGACCAGGGAUGAGGGGAGGUCAUCAGAUGGUCAUCGAUGUUCAGACAGAGACGGUGUAUCUUUUUGGGGGCUGGGACGGCACACAGGACCUGGCUGACUUCUGGGCCUACAGUGUUCAGGAGAACCAGUGGGUCUGCAUCUCCAGAGACACAGAGAAGGAGAGUGGUCCCAGUGCGCGGUCCUGUCACAAGAUGUGCAUCGACAGCCAGCGGCGGCAGAUCUACACACUCGGCCGCUACCUAGACUCCAGCGUCAGGAACAGCAAGUCUCUGAAGAGUGACUUCUACCGCUACGACGUCGAUGCCAACACCUGGACACUGCUCAGCGAGGACACGUCAGCCGACGGCGGGCCCAAGCUCGUCUUUGACCACCAGAUGUGUAUGGACUCGGAGAAGCACAUGAUCUAUACGUUUGGUGGUCGGAUUCUGAUGUGUAACGGCAGUGUGGAGGACAGCAGGACGUCCGAACCCCAGUUCAGUGGGCUGUAUGCCUUCCACUGCCAGGCUGGAACCUGGAGCCUGCUCAGAGAAGACUCCUGCAACGCUGGGCCUGAGGAUGUCCAGUCACGCAUCGGACACUGCAUGCUCUUCCACACUAGGAAUCGUUGUCUGUAUGUGUUCGGAGGUCAGAGGUCAAAGACGUACCUGAAUGACUUCUUCAGCUACGACGUGGACGGGGACCAUGUGGAGAUCAUCUCAGACGGAACCAAGAAGGACUCCGGCAUGGUGCCGAUGACGGGCUUUACCCAAAGGGCCACCAUAGACCCAGAGCUGAAUGAGAUCCACGUCCUGUCUGGCCUCAGCAAGGACAAGGACAAACGAGAAGAGAACGUCCGUAACUCAUUCUGGAUCUACGACAUCGCACGCAACAACUGGUCGUGUGUGUAUAAGAAUGACCAGGCGGUGAAGGAGAACCCCAGUAAGGCUCUGCAGGAGGAGGAGCCCUGUCCACGCUUCGCACACCAGCUGGUCUAUGAUGAAAUGCACAAGGUACACUACCUGUUUGGAGGGAACCCAGGGAAGUCGUGCUCUCCUAAGAUGCGUCUGGAUGACUUCUGGUCCCUCAAGCUGUGUCGCCCCUCCAAGGAGUACCUGCUCCGACACUGCAGAUACCUAAUCAGGAAGUACAGGUUUGAGGAGAAGGCCCAGUCGGAGCCUCUGAAUGCUCUGAAGUACCUGCAGAACGACCUCUCUCUGACCGUGGACCACACCAACCCUGACGAGACCAAAGAGUUCCAGCUCCUGCCCUCGGCUCUCUUCAAGUCCAGCUCUGACUUCAUCCCUCUGGGUUUCUCAGACGUGGACCAGACGUAUGCCCAGCGCACGCAGCUCUUUGACACGCUCGUCAACUUCUUCCCGGACAGCAUGACCCCGCCCAAGGGUAACCUCGUUGACCUCAUCACACUCUAGCCCCGCCCCAGAACCCUACGCACCACCACCAUAUGCCAAUAAGACUGAUUGGCUGGCCCAAAGCCAAACUUCAUAUUUUUCUACACUUGACCCUUCCAAAUUCAGGGGUGCUCUGCUCGCGGACUGACCCCCUCUUUAGGACGUUGGUUCUUCAACAGCGGAACUGAACUAAAAGGGGAAAUGAGGGUCAGACCACUUGCGAUUUAAAGGGGUUGAUACUGAAUGUCACUGUGUGGAAAAAUAAAAUAAAAAACAAACUCCCCCGGGCCUGAUGGUCUUUGCUGAAUAAACUGAUUUAUCAGUUUAAAAUAACCCAGAACUCUGCCAAACAUAUCUUCUGUGUCAACUCAUUUGAUUUGUGAGGUUCACAUGAUGCUUUUACGUGCUGCGUUUUGAGUUUGUUUGGCAUUAGUAGCCUGUUAGAUCAAGGAGGAGUCUCUCUUCCUCUUAUUUUCCACUCUGCCUUGCAUCUGUCUCUCUCUGACACUCACGCACACAAACCUGCUUGUGAAAGUAGUUGUGUUACUUAAUGACACCCUGUUAGCACAUUGUACGCUGAAUAUACCUUCAACCAAGCUCAUGAUUUUUGCUUGCUCUGCCUGUAUUAUUGGUGCCAUAUUAUAUACCCCAUAUUUAUAAUUAUGACGGCCAUGCUGUUACACACUACGUGUCAAAAUGUUAAUUUUGUUAUAUAGAAACAAUAGAAUAAUGAUCCUAAGAGACAAUAUAUAUGUCAAUUUAAAUCCUAUCGAUGUAAAAAAAAAAAUCAAUCAUGGGUUUGGGGGAAAACAUUGUCAAGUUGUCAAAAGCUUGUGAUUCUGGUAAUGGCUACUGUAGCUUUAGUGUGAUGUAAUCAUGGAUCUGUCACUGAGGCAUGUUGGGAAAUGUAGUUUCCAAGUAUGAACGUUAUUAUUUUUAAACUCAAAACUCCAUCUUGUAAGAACUGCAAAAUGAUGUUCCUGCUGUAUCAGAGGGAGAUUUUUGUAUGUACAAACACACAUCUAUACUCGCAUGAUCUCAUUGACUGGGAUGUAUCUUCCUUUGACGAUGGGAGUUUAUUUUAUGGGUAAAGGAAGAAUGAAUGAUUGCUUUCAUUGAGAGAGCGCCCAGUCUCCCCCUGCAGCUAUGGCCUGAUUACUGUGUUCUCUCUGUUUCUUAUGCAAACAGUGAUGACUAGACAUUCUUCAAUUCUAACCUAAAGAAAUACAGAACACUAGAUUUCAUUCUUACUCAGAAUAAGGCGAUAGGAGCAUUCACAAGUGAUCUCUAAACACCAAGUUAGCAAAUGGUAUCUGUCUUGUGGCUCCAGCCAAAGUUUUGAUGUACAAGAAAUGUUUUUGAUUGGUUCAUAAUCAUUAUGCUGGAACUGAGGAUGCCCUUUAAUAUAGCUGGCGUGUGUGUCCGUCAAUAUGUGUGUUUGUCUCAGAUCGCCAGGGUAUUUUGUCUAGUCCACCUGUGUAACAUAAUACAAACAUUUGCCUCAUAUUGUUCUUCCAUUAAUCUCAGUAGGAGAGAUGAUUGAAGUGAUCCCCUUUCCCCUCCUUCUCAAGAAUAGUAGCAGCCUAGUCUUCCAUUACAUUGUGUGUAUUGUCUAUAUAUUUAGCAUUUUUCUGAGACAGCUGUACAGUAUGCAGAGUACACUCUAGGCAAAGGCCUAUGGAGUCUGUGAAAUAUCCAUCCCCUUUGUUUUGAGAUCAAUCAACUCCACUAUCAGAUAACCAGAGAUGGAGGGACUAUUCACAUUCAAGGAGACAAACACUUAGUGCUUGACUCCUGUCAAGGGUGGUAGUCAAACUUUAGAGAUUUUUUCUUGUUAGAUCCUUAUAAUUCCUUGAUCAAAAUCCUAAUCAAAUUGGCAGAUUGUACACUACGUCCCAAUAGAUUCAUUACAUCUGGUUUCUUCAUACAGGCAUACACAUGAAGACAUCUGCUCUAAUUGUUAGAAGAUGAGUGAUCAGAUCCGAUUUCUCUGUUCAUUUGCACUCAUAUCCUCAGUAAUCAGUAUUGGCUUAAUUUGAAUCCGUCAGUGCUGUGUGCGUUUGCUGCUUGUGUGCACGGUGCACACACCUGUCUGCUUACAGUGUGUGAGCUUAACUAGUUUGUGUGCUUGUUUGUGUCUGUUUGCUAUUGUAUGUCUUCUGCUGCCAUCAUAUUAACCUAAAAUAAAUAUUAGCUCUCUGACCUGAGAUCCAGAGAGAAAGGAGUGUCAUACUUACCAUCAUAGCUUUGUAGUAAAACCCGUUAUUUAGGAAGGACUCGUUUAUGGUCAUUAUCACAGACUUUUGCGAUGUUUGCAUUAGUUUCUUUGUCAGAAAAAAUACACUUAAGAAAACAUGAAAUAAAGAGGCACCUCUGGAAGAAAAGAAUUUAUAUAUAUAUAUAUAUAACACAAUGCCAAGUAAUUAUUUUUCUUAUUUUGGGGAGGGGAAGGAAAUUAUAAUUUUCAGAAAAUGAUGGAAUGUUAUUUUCUUCAUCUGCCCCCUUUUCUCCCCAACUGGGACUCAGGAGUAUGUGGAGUACUCUAGAGUGCGUGAAUGAGCACUACUCUGUGGAUAACGUGAAUCUGUAGAGAGCCUAUUGUAGAAUUGCAUUGUAUGUAAUGUACAUAACGAAUAAAGAUUGUAUUUUGUUCAGGUUUUCAUAAA